GUCGUUAGUGUCAGUUGAUCGCAUUAUCAAUUAAGCUUAAUGUUUUUUUGUUAUUAAUUGACAUUUAUAGUGUUGAUACAAGUUGAGUUAAUUCCAGUUUUUUGAAAGUGCGUCAAUUUUUUUAUGAAAGCGAUAAAACGUGAUAUUUUUCAAAUGUAUAUCUACUGACCCAGUGGUAGAAUUUAGUUUAUUUAAUGACCUGUUUCAUCGUUCGAGUGAUGAUUCAACGAAUAGUGUUGGAUUAUGGAAGAAGAAAGCAGUGGCUAGACUCAUGAAUAUUCAGGUCUUGGCCCCUGAUUUCCGGAUUGACCUGCACAAUUGAUUUAUUCGACGGUUAAUGUUCAGUCGAAACAAACAAAUAAUGGAAGAAUCAUCGAACAUGACUGAAGAUCCACGUGACGAGUUCUUGGCCGUUUGGGAAAUUGUUAUUUUGCUAGUGAUACUCGUAAUUACGGUGGUUGGUAAUUUUUUAGUGCUCUUUGCACUUUACCUGAGGAGGUACUGUGGACGCAGACGCAAGCUGACGAGGAUGUACUUUUUUAUGAUGCAUCUGAGCAUCGCUGAUCUCAUGACUGGAGUGCUGAAUGUCCUACCGCAACUCGUGUGGGAUAUCACGGGUGGGAGAUUUCAGGGGGGUGCAGUACUGUGCAAGAUGGUCAAGUUUGGACAGCCCCUCGGGCAUUAUGCAAGCACCUACGUCUUGAUUGCCGGGGCCAUUGAUCGCUAUCACGCUAUCUGCUAUCCGUUCAAUUACUGCAGGACUACUCACAAGCAGGCGAAGGUCAUGGUCUACAUCGCCUGGGGCAUUUCCCUGGCUCUUUGUAUUCCUCAGAUUUUUAUUUUCUCAUAUCAAGAAAUUUCUCCCCGCAUUUGGGACUGCUGGGCUGACUUCACCCCACCCCACGGCCAGAGAGCCUACGUCACCUGGUACAGCAUAACAGUGCUACUGUUGCCCUUCUCAGUGCUGGUGUACACUUACGUGAGCGUUUGCGCGGAAAUAUGGAAGAACACUGAAAUUACUGUGUUUGGACACAGGGGCGAGGUCAAGAGGAUGGACUCGAGGGAAAAUAAUCGAGAGCCGGUGAUUUCAAGGGCGAGGAUUAAGACUGUUAAACAGAUGAUCACUGUGGUCAGCCUUCAUGUUAUAACUAGUGCUCCGUUUGUUGGAUGUCAACUGUGGGCUGCCUUCGAUCCUGAUGCUGUAAAAACAUCUUUUUACGAAGGUCCGGCCUUCGCAAUUCUCUCACUCCUCAGCAGUCUCACAAGCUGUGUGAACCCCUGGAUCUAUAUGGGAUUCAACCGAGAAUUGCGAUCGACAUUAAAAAAGUACAUAAAGAAACUGAUCCUCGGCCGGUCGAUGACGUUCGACAGUGAUUUCUCUCAUCAUUCAACAAAUUCUUCAACGAGAUCCACAAUAAUCGGGACAAUGGUGCGCCUCGCCAGUUCAAUGUACCGAGGGAAGACGCCCCGAGCGUCUGAUCCAGAACCAUUGAGAAACCUCCGAGAAUCUCUGUAAUCCAAUGACAAUUAAGAAUACCUAAUCUCUAGUUUUACAAUUUUUUAAUGAACGAAUAAAGAAUUCAGUUGUGGAAUUAUAAGAAACAUCUUGUACAAGAUCAAGAGCUGAGUGAUACGUAUCAUAAAAUUUUUUUGUUGGAAAUUAAUUCUAAAAAAAGUCCUGUCACAUUCUCUCGUAAGACACUCAUUAAAGAGGUAAUUCAAUAUAAUUAACAAAUCAUUUCUUCGAUCGAUUUGGAUGAAUCUUUGAUGAAUGUUUGCAAAUUAGAUAAUUAAUUUUAGAGGAAAACGGUAAGAAAUAUUUUUUGUAAAAUGGGAUUUUCCACUCAUUCCAGAGAUGAUCAACAUUCACUAAUGAUGGAAAUACUAAACUCAUUAUUCAUUUUAAAAGAAAAUGUAAUAAGCACUUUUCAUCGGAAGUUCUCCUCUUAACAAAAAACGGUUUUAUCAUAUUUCCUUGUAAAAUCAGUCAUUAAGAUAAUUCAGUAAUUAAUAAAUCCAUUUGAAUGGGAAUUUGUUAAUUAUGCAAAUAAUCCCAUAUUCAUUCAUUUUAGAAGAUAGUGUCACUAGAUGGCUUUUGCUGGAAAUUUCGCAUUCUACAAAAAAGUUUAUGUAACAUUUUCUCGUGAAAUCACUCAUCAAAGAGAUAAUUUAAUAAUUAAUAAAUCAUAAGCGACAAUUUUUACUUUAAGGGACAUUGUGUUGUCAUGACCCAUUUAUUCGAUUUAGAAAUAUUUUUCUCAUAGACAUCUCUUUGUGCCCUAUGGCCAUUCAUUUGCCAUUUCUCACUUGGCUUUGUCUUCAUUCCUGUAUAUUUUCCAAGAAUUUCUACUGUUCAGUAAAAAUCAAACAAAACUUUUCCGUGGCGCAGUUUCUUU